AUGGCGAGGUUCCGGAGGGCCGACCUGGCUGCUGCAGGAGUUGUGUUACUUUGCCACUUUGUAAUGGACCGGCUUCAGUUCGCUGAAGGGAAGCCUGGAAAUCAAGUCAAUGAUGGGCAGUAUCAGGUUGCUCAAGCCUUCCCACAGACAGAAGAGGAGGUGGAGGUGGACACACAUGCAUUCAGCCACAGGUGGAAAAGGAACUUGGAUUCUCUCAAGGCCGUAGAUUCAAACCGAGCUAGCCUGGGCCAAGACUCCCCAGAGCCCAGAGGCUUCACGGACCUGAUCCUGGACGAUGGGCAGGACAACACCACCCAGAUUGAGGAGGACACAGAUCAUAAUUACUAUAUAUCUCGGAUAUAUGGUCCAUCUGAUUCUGCCAGCCGGGAUUUGUGGGUGAACAUAGACCAAAUGGAGAAGGACAAAGUGAAGAUUCAUGGAAUACUGUCCAAUACUCAUCGGCAGGCUGCAAGAGUGAAUCUGUCCUUCGAUUUUCCAUUUUAUGGCCAUUUCCUACGUGAAAUCACUGUGGCAACUGGCGGUUUCAUAUACACUGGAGAAGUUGUUCACCGAAUGCUAACUGCCACACAGUACAUAGCACCUUUAAUGGCAAACUUUGACCCCAGCGUAUCCAGAAAUUCAACUGUCAGAUAUUUUGAUAACGGCACAGCACUUGUUGUCCAAUGGGACCAUGUACAUCUCCAGGAUAAUUACAACCUGGGAAGCUUCACAUUCCAAGCAACCCUCCUCAUGGACGGACGCAUCAUCUUUGGAUAUAAAGAAAUUCCUGUCUUGGUCACACAGAUAAGUUCGACCAAUCACCCAGUGAAAGUGGGCCUGUCAGAUGCAUUUGUCGUCGUCCACCGGAUCCAACAAAUUCCCAAUGUUCGAAGAAGAACAAUUUAUGAAUACCACCGAGUGGAACUACAGAUGUCAAAAAUCACCAAUAUUUCAGCUGUGGAGAUGACCCCAUUGCCUACAUGUCUCCAGUUCAAUGGUUGCGGCCCCUGUGUAUCCUCUCAGAUUGGCUUCAACUGCAGUUGGUGUAGCAAACUUCAAAGAUGUUCCAGUGGAUUUGAUCGCCAUCGGCAGGACUGGGUGGACAGUGGAUGCCCUGAAGAGUCAAAAGAGAAGAUGUGUGACCCCACAGAUCCAGUGGAAAGUUCUACCCGAACCAGCACCACCAUACGCGCAACAACCACACAAUUCAGGGUCUUGACGACCACCAGAAGAGCAGCCACCUCCCAGCUGCCCACCAGCCUGCCCACAGAAGAUGAUACCAAGAUAGCUCUACAUCUAAAAGAUAAUGGAGCCUCUACAGAUGACAGUGCAGCCGAGAAGAAAGGAGGAGCCCUUCAUGCUGGUCUCAUCGUCGGGAUUCUCAUCCUGGUCCUCAUUAUAGCCGCAGCCAUCCUUGUGACAGUCUAUAUGUAUCACCACCCGACAUCAGCAGCCAGUAUCUUCUUUAUUGAGAGACGCCCAAGCAGAUGGCCGGCAAUGAAGUUCCGAAGAGGUUCUGGCCAUCCUGCCUAUGCUGAAGUUGAACCAGUUGGAGAGAAAGAAGGUUUUAUCGUAUCAGAGCAGUGCUAA